AUGGACGCCAAAAUAGCCGCAACUGACCCACCAAUAAAGACAGAACCUUGGGUCAAAUUUUCAUCGGAGGAAGCAUGCUUUAUUCGCAAGCAGCCCCUUGACAAUCUCACCAAUGAUUCCAAUACCUGUAAACUUCCGGUAAUCACAACUGUCAUCGAGUCAGAAAACAAAAGCACCAGACAAAGCAGUGAAAAUACCAGUCUCAAGAAAUUUCCCGUCGAACUUAUCGCCAAGAUUCUCAGAUUUGCCUGCACCACGAACUCUCAUCAUGAGACCCUCCCGAUGUGCAUACUCAAGAUCAAGACUGAGAACCAAGGAGGCGGCAUUAGAUAUUGUUCUGCACAUUCAUAUAAGGUCUGCGGGAAGGGAAAAGAAAUCCAGACAUACAGAGCUCUGAAGAUAACAUGUGCUAGCUUCCGCAAUAUCAUCGACGCCACAGAUAUUCUUUUCAAAGACAACACAUUUGAAUUUCGUUCAUUUGUGGAACUGGUCAUCUUGAAUACUCUCACCUCCAAGCAACGCAAUGCUAUUAAAUCAAUCUACUUGACUGAUAAUUCAGACGGGUUUGUGACGGGAGGUCCCAGCGUUCCUCAGGGCAGCCCGAGCCGUGUUUCUCCCGCUCACCGUCUGCAAGAUGUAGAAGCCGGAUAUUAA